ACUAUAAAAAUGCCUUUGGUAUCAGCUAAAUUUUCGGAUUCUUCGUGGUAUUUGGUACUUCAAAGCAUAUAAUUCAUAAUGAUAUUAUAAUGUGUACUAGAUACAGGACAUUCUUCAUGAGCUAUCGAGAAAAACAACUGGUUUGUUCCUGUCAAAACUGAAAUCUGGAGCCUGAAAUAUUGGACUUGCUUCCAAGACAUUUAAUUGGAAUAAUGGAUCGUCCACCUUCCCCAGCCAGAUUGGCUUACACCUCUGACAAACAUCCCCGUCACACCCUUGAUUCUAUCAAUGUUCUCCGCAAACACAGAGAACUGUGUGAUGUUGUUCUUAUUGUAUCACAAAGGAAAAUAUUUGCUCACCGUGUCAUCUUGUCAGCAUGUAGUCCUUACUUUCAUGCUAUGUUUACUGGUGAGUUAGCAGAAAGUCGUCAGACAGAGGUGACUAUCCGGGAUAUUGAUGAGAGUGCUAUGGAGUUGUUGGUUGAUUUUUGUUACACGUCAAAUAUUACAGUAGAAGAGAGCAAUGUCCAGACUCUGUUACCUGCAGCCUGUCUGCUUCAGCUGGCUGAAAUCCAGGAAGUGUGCUGUGAAUUUCUCAAGCGACAAUUAGAUCCAUCUAACUGUCUUGGUAUCCGUGCCUUUGCUGAUACACAUGCAUGCAGGGACUUAUUACGAAUUGCAGAUAAAUUCACACAACAUAAUUUUCAAGAGGUGAUGGAGAGUGAGGAGUUCUUACUUCUGCCAGUAAAUCAGUUGGUGGAUAUCAUCUCCAGUGAUGAGCUAAAUGUGCGUAGUGAGGAGCAGGUGUACAGUGCUGUUAUGGCCUGGGUCAAGUACAAUAUCCAGGACCGACGCACACACCUUCCAAAUGUUGUUCAACAUGUACGGCUACCAUUGAUGAGCCCAAAGUUCCUUGUUGGUACAGUUGGCUCUGAUCUUCUUAUCAAAAGUGAUGACUCCUGCAGAGAUUUAUUGGAUGAAGCCAAGAAUUAUCUCCUCCUGCCCCAGGAACGUCCCUUGAUGCAAGGCCCACGUACAAGACCAAGGAAACCAAUCAGAUGUGGAGAAGUGUUGUUUGCUGUUGGAGGAUGGUGUAGUGGGGAUGCCAUCUCAAGUGUAGAGCGAUAUGACCCUCAGACAAAUGAAUGGAGGAUGGUGGCCCCUAUGAGUAAGCGCCGCUGUGGUGUGGGCGUUGCUGUCCUUAAUGACCUCCUGUAUGCUGUAGGGGGUCAUGAUGGUCAGUCUUAUCUCAACAGCAUUGAAAGGUUUGAUCCACAGACCAACCAGUGGAGUGGGGAUGUGGCUCCUACCAGUUCCUGUCGCACAAGUGUAGGAGUGGCUGUGCUUGACAGCUACAUGUAUGCAGUUGGAGGACAAGAUGGCGUCUCCUGUCUCAACUUUGUUGAAAGAUAUGAUCCUCAGCUUAACAAGUGGACAAAAGUAGCAUCCAUGAGUACACGACGACUGGGUGUAGGUGUGGCUGUUUUAGGAGGCUACCUGUAUGCUGUAGGAGGUAGUGAUGGUACCUGUCCAUUAAACACAGUUGAACGAUACGACCCCAGAACUAACCGCUGGAUGCCAAUGUCACCAAUGGGUACACGUAGGAAACACCUCGGGGUAUCAGUAUAUAAUAAUAUGAUAUACGCUGUAGGCGGUCGGGAUGACACAACAGAGCUCAGUAGUGCAGAACGCUACAAUCCGCAGACAAAUACCUGGCAACCAGUUGUUGCUAUGACUUCUCGGAGGAGUGGGGUUGGUUUGGCUGUAGUUAAUGGCCAGUUGAUGGCUAUUGGUGGAUUUGAUGGCACAACCUACCUAAAGACAAUAGAAGUGUAUGACCCUGAACAGAACUGUUGGAAAUUGUGUGGAGGCAUGAAUUAUCGUCGGUUAGGAGGUGGGGUUGGCGUGGUGAGAAUGCCACAACAUGAACCCCACCUAUGGUGACACCCAAAGACAGAUGAUUAUCCUACCUAGUGCAAUGUCGUGUGAUCAUGUGAUCAAAUAUAGCCAAUAUGUCAUAUGCUGCAAAAUGACGACAUAUAUUUCUUAGCAGUAUAAUCAGUGGUAUGUGGUGCAUUGUCAUUACACUGGGUCACAUGGAACUCAGUGUAGUGAUAUUUCUAACUAAGGCACUGGCCUGUGUUACCAAUGUGUUAAACUAUUUCAGUGUUUCUGAGGAGGAAAUCAUAAGGUGCUUAAUACACUAUAAACAGGAAAAUUGCACAUUCUGAGGUGAAAAUUUUAAUUUUGAACUACAACUGUAUGUCUCCAAAUUAUUUAAUUUUAUGAGGUAAGAACUGUGUUUUUAGUUGUUGCAGAGAGAGAGAGGUGUUUUGGAGUUUAAACAAAGAUCUUAUAGUUCAUCAUAUAACUACCCUGUUAUCACACUGGAAACAUUUAUCACUAGACUACCCCGUUAUCACACUGGAAACACCCAUUACCUGAAUGUUUGUUAGUGAUGACUCAUGCAUUUUAACCUAUGGAGCUGUGAUUGGCUCAGAAUUCCAUUCUUUCUGUUGUGACAUCUAGGCUUAUGCUAUCUUACCUAUUGUGUCUUACCCAAAGAAUGAGAUCUGGAGGUAGAAUAUCACCAAUCAGAUUUUGUAUCUGCCUAAUGAAGCGCUGUUUGAUUGAAUGCCUGCAAUAGUGUCUACAUUAUGUGAUCAUUUAAGUUUUAUAGAAGUCUUCUUUAAUUUUUCAACUAUUGCGAUCACCUUCAUACAGUAUUGUGCAUCCGUAAACUUUUCAACAUUUUCAACUUCUUCUCAAAAUCUCCUGAACCAACUCCAGUGAAGUGUUGUAGAAACCUUCCCUGGCUUAAGAUGAAACAGAAAAGUGAAUUAUGUAGUCCCUAACCCGUGGGGCCUGAGGGGUGGACCAAAAGGGGUCAAAUUUACUUGAAUUUCAAAAGUCUUCUUCUCAACAUCCAGGUAUGGCAGAAUCAAAUGCUCUUCACUGCUUAAGUGUCUUAAUUGUUAAUUUCAUUGCCCCAGGGACUCAAAUUUUACUGUGGAGAGGGGGUAAAGUUAACUAUAGUUCAUAUAAGAAAACUAGAUUUUUCAGCAUAAUUUGUAAAAUUCCCAAUGGAAAUUUUUCAAACUUGGUUAGAAUUAUGAGUGAAGAUUGAAGGCUAGAUUGUAUGAAUAGAUUGAUCCUGACUGACCCCCAGGUGCUAUUAGGCAGGGUCAAAGGGGUGAGAUUGACUCAGAUUUCAAAAAUCUUCUUCUCAACACCCAGGUAUGGUCAAACCAAAUGUUUCUUCUAUGAUGGAAAUGUCUUAAGGUGCUUAAUUACAAAAAUGACUCUCAUAUUACCUCCUGGAGAGGAGAGUUUAACUUUACUAUAAUUUUUACAGAAAAAUACCAUUCAUAAGUAACUCCAGGACAUGAUGUGCUUUAUAGGAAAAGUUUAACUUUAAAAGGCAUGUUAAUGAACAGUAGCCUGUUCACCCUAUUGAAGGCAAUUCUUUGACAGCAAACAUAUGGGACAACAGAUAAAUAUAUUUUACAAUAAACAAGAUUGAUUGUGAGAGCAGUUAUUUGCAUCCUCAGUUGUUUGUGCUGGUGUUGGAAGGAGACUAAAUGCAUGACUUGUAAAUUCAUUUAUAUUUCAUUGUAAAUUAUUCACAAUUAUUAUCAUUUAUCAUUAAGGUUUUGUUACUUAAUUAGUAAAUGGUGAAAUGUUGCUUUGUUUUAUAUGCAUGUCUUUAUACCCCUCCACAACGAAGUUAGGGGUAGUGUAUACUGGAUUCAGCUUGUCCGUCCGUCUGUCUAGAAAAAUUUUGUGCAGACUCCUCCUCCUAAACUACAGAAUUGAUUUUGAUAAAAUUACACAGGAACGUUGAGAACCAUGUGUAAAUGCGCAUGCAACCUUGUUUUAGCUCAGCUGACCCAAAGGACCAAGUGAACUUAUGCGUCAACAUUUUCCUUUGCACAACUUCUUUUCAAUAACCAAUAGACCAAAUGUUUUGAUAUUUGGCUGGUAUGUUCCUAGGAUGAAACUCGACGUUUGCAAAAUAAAUGACCUCGACUUAUAUUCAAAGUCACUGGCCUGACCAAAAGGCAAAGAAGCAUGGUAUUUGAUGGAAAGGGGUUUCUAAGGCAAAGCCCAGCAAAUUUUGAGAAAAAAGAUAUGUCAUCUACUUAAAAUACAGGUCAUAACUGUCACUGUUUAGAGGCGAGUAUUAGUAGCUCUUUGUUAUUGGUUAACAUCGAUUGGAUGUGCCCACUUUGAAUGCCAAUGGUGUAUAUGCCAAUAUAUUUGUGAUGUGAACACUGAUUCUAUUUUUGAUGAACAUUGAAUACCAGAUGAGCGAUACAGGCCCAUUGGACCUCUCGUUUCCAGUACAACAUUGGUUACCAUGGUAACUAGUCUUUAUAAAUUUUUAUUUUGUUUGAAAAUUUUGUCUGGACAUAUUCUCCUACACUAAUGUAUCAGAUUCAUUUUUAUAAUACAUCAGUGUUAGAUACAAUGUGUAAAUGUGCAUGCAUUCCUUUUUAAAUAACAAAAUGUGUUGUUGCUUGGGUAAUGGGUCAUUAUUAACUGGAUUUUUGUCAAGACAAAGCCACAUAAACUAGUGGAUCAAUUUCAAUAUAAUUAUAUAUAGUAAUGAUAGCAACCAUGUGGAGAUGUGCAUGCAACAUUUGUUCCCUAAAAAAAAUUUGGUUAUCAUAACAACUGUACCAUCUGUCCUUUCAUAGAAAAAAUUUGUCUGUCCUUAACUACUGGAUCGACUAUAACAGAAUAUUGGGGACCAUGUGUAGAUGUCCAGCAAAAUAUUGGUUACCAUGGUAACCAGCCAAUAUAUUUAUUAAAUUACAGUGUCAGUACUAUAAAACUAUAUUAUGCAAUUGAAAAGGAACUGGGGUAUUAGUCAGUGAUUGGCUUACAUUUCUAGCUUAAAGAUAGAUCUUUUUCACCAAUACAGCACAGGAACUCUAUGAAAUUGCACUAGUUUACUUUGAAUAUGACUCCGGUUGGCAUACCAAAUAUUUUGAUGAAUGAAAUAAUUUUGUCUAACCACAGUGAUCAUCUCAUCCUGUGCCCUGUAAACUUAAUGUUCCCUUCAUUCCCCUUAUUUAUUAACAUAUUUUACAGCCAUCACUUUCAUGUAUUGAACAAAUAGUCUUUAAAGACCUGAACAUGUUUCAUGUUUUUAGCCGCCCAUCUGAUGGUCGAAUCGCUCUAUGUCCAUGGUCCAUGGUCAGUUCACCUGUAUGUCUGUAAACAGGUUUUGUUUCUAGAGAAUUAAUUGAGAUCUUUGUCAAAUUUCAAGUGUAGAUUCCCUAGUUGUGCCAGUUUGAUUUUGGGACUUACCAGAAAAAACAUAAUGGCUUCCAGACGGCCAUCUUGGAUAUUUUCACUGAAGAUUGUAAUCGCUAUUUCUUGAAAAGCACUUGAUGGUUCUCUCUCAAAUUUCAUUUGAGAAAAACAAAAUGGCCGACAGGCAGCCAUCUUUGAUCUUGCAUGAUAAAGAUUGUUAUCGUUUUUCUUUAAAAGUACUGAAUCAAUCUCUCUCAAACUUCAUAUGGAUGUUUGCUUUGGUUUCUACUUGUGCCUGUUUGAUUUUGGGACUGAUCAGAAAUAAGAAAAUGGCUUCAAGGCAACCAUCUUGGAUUUGGCAGUUAGAUUAUCAUCACUGUUUCUGCUAAUGAAUGUUCAAUUUUUUUAAGUGGAAAAACAGGGAAGAGAAAAUAAGGGCAAAGAUCCAACUUGCGAAGAGCAUAUAAAGAUCAAUGUUGGGCGCCAAGAUCCCUUUGAGAUCUCUUGUAAUGUGAAUGUUCUUCUUUUUAUUUCAAAUGAUGCUUAUAAAAAGGCUGCACUCCUUGUUCCAUAUUAAUUGUGUCUGUUGCAUAUACAUAAUCAGUCAUCAUCUGUUGUGUGAUAACCUUUGCAAAAUUAUGUCUUAUUCAAUUUCAAAGCAAGAUUUAGAAAUGUGUUUAAAAUACAAUUAUUUAAUUGUUGAAGUCUGUGUCCAGAAUUUGUUUAACUAUUUAGAGGUAACAAGGGCUUAUAAUUCCACUAGUCUUCAAACUAAUUACACUUUCGUUUACAGUUUUAAUUAGAAGCUGGUAUUCAACAGUUUUGACAUGUGAAAUAGAAGCAAUUAAAGGAUAUUUCAGACAAG